CCUUGACUCGGGCCAACUCAACCUUGGCCGGUUUAAAAGAAAGCUUAGCCAAACAGCAGGAUGCUCGAGCUAAGUCUGAAGAGAAAUUUCUCUUGGCCCUUGCUGACAUGGAGAAGAUGAAAGCUGAACACCAAAAGUUUGAAAAGAAAGCCCAUGUUGAGCAAGCCGCCAUCUUAAAGCGGGCGCAACAAGCCGAAGAAAAGCUAGAAGCCGCUCUUCAAGAACUCUUCGGCUUAAAACAUCAUAUCUCCAACAUGAUCCAAGCUAUCUUUGGUCCGCGAGCCGCCACCCUGCAGAAUGAUUGCAUUCUGAAGCUGAAGGCGAUUUAUACUUUCACAGAGCAAUUAUACACGGGAGGCAUGAUGACUAUGAAGGCCGUGAUGGGCAACAGGGAGCCCAUAAAAUCCAUCAAGCACAUGCUGGCUUGCCUGCCAACAUUGCCGCCUCAGAUAGAAGAAUUAAAAAGGCCAGCCGCCUGUAAAGGAGCACUGACCACCCUAAGUCGGUGUCUGGCCUAUGCUUCUGAACUUAAGCCGGAGGAAGUAGCUGCUGGCUUUCCAUAGUUAAAAGAUGAUGCGUCGGAGUUCACCGAGGAGGACUACCAUCGUUGCGUGAAAGAGUCUCGCUCCGCGGCGACUCAACUAGCAAACAGCCUGGACUUAGGCAAAUAGCAGGCGGCUUAUGAUGAAAGCAACAAAAAGGUGACUCCUCCUUCAUAUGAAAUCACCAGCCUGACUCCACGACGCCGUAAGAAUCCCUUUGACUUUGACGUUGAUCUCUCUGCCAUCUUGAGUGAUGAAGACGAGUUCGUCGCCUUGACCAAUUGCAAUUGGAAACUGGGAGACUUACAAAUCGAAGACGGCGAAAGCUCAAGGCAGGGUGACCCGGAGGCGGCUUGAACUGACUUAUCAUGAAACCGAUCCGCAAAAAAUAUUUUGAUACCUUUCUGACCGGGAUAUGAUGCCCGGUAUGGCCUGGUGAGCCAUGUAAUAGUCUUAGGAUUCAGGAAAACAAUAUGAUAACCGUACCUUGCAAUUUGUGUUUGGAAAAUGCGGCUUUCAUUAAUAUGAAUCGCCUUUC